AAACUAGGAAGAAACUUGGAGCCGCUGAGGUGCGGGUCGUAGUUGCCGCCACCGUGCCCCGUGGCCGGCGCCGUGCGGAGCUGUGGAGGCCUGGCCAUGGGGCGGCGCCGGGCUCGCACGGCCUAGGCGUACGGUCUCCGCGGACGGGCCGGGUGCGUGUGGACGGGAGGCGGCGUGAGAGCCGCGGCCACUGCUGGCCUGGGCUCCGGCAUCAUGAACAUCGACGUUGAGUUCCACAUCCGACACAACUACCCCUGGAGCAAGUUGCCAGCUAACGUGAGACAGAGUCUUGGAAACUCACAGCGAGAGUAUGAAAAGCAGGUUGUCUUAUACAGUAUCCGCAACCAGUUGCGCUACAGAAAUAACCUAGUUAAACAUGUCAAGAAAGAUGAACGCAAAUACUAUGAAGAGCUGCUGAAGUACAGUCGCGAUCACCUCAUGCUGUACCCUUACCACUUAUCUGACAUCAUGGUGAAGGGCCUGAGGAUAACACCGUUUGCAUACUACACUGGGAUCAUGGAGGACAUCAUGAACAGUGAGAAAAGUUAUGAUUCGUUGCCUAAUUUUACUGCUGCUGACUGUCUGCGGCUUCUUGGCAUAGGAAGAAACCAGUAUAUUGACCUGAUGAACCAGUGUAGAUCUUCAAAGAAAUUCUUCAGAAGGAAAACUGCCCGUGAUCUUCUACCAAUAAAGCCAGUGGAAAUUGCCAUCGAGGCAUGGUGGGUGGUGCAGGCUGGAUAUAUCACAGAAGAUGACAUCAAGAUAUGCACUUUUCCUGAGAAAGGCGCUAUUGAUAAGAUCAUUGACUCAGGCCCUCAGCUCGCUGGGUCACUAGAUUACAACGUAGUACACAGUUUGUAUAACAAAGGCUUUAUUUAUCUGGAUGUGCCCAUAUCAGAUGACAGUUGUAUAGCUGUUCCUCCUCUGGAAGGUUUUGUAAUGAAUCGGGUACAAGGGGAUUAUUUUGAAACUCUACUCUAUAAGAUAUUUGUGUCCAUAGAUGAGCACACUAAUGUUGCAGAGCUUGCAAAUGUCCUUGAGAUAGACUUAUCACUGGUGAAGAAUGCUGUUUCAAUGUAUUGUCGAUUGGGUUUUGCCCAUAAGAAAGGACAAGUAAUAAAUCUGGAUCAACUUCAUUCAUCAUGGAAGAAUGUUCCAUCUGUGAACAGAUUAAAGAGCACUUUAGACCCACAAAAGAUGCUUUUAUCAUGGGAUGGCGGGGAAAGUAGGAGUCCUGUGCAAGAAGCUUCUUCGGCUACUGACACUGAUACAAAUAGUCAAGAAGACCCAGCUGACACAGCCAGUAUAAGCAGUUUGAGUCUGUCCACUGGAUAUACAAAGCGUAUUGCAUUCUUAUUUGACUCCACUCUUACUGCGUUUUUAAUGAUGGGAAAUCUUUCACCAAACUUGAAAAGCCACGCAGUCACCAUGUUUGAAGUAGGCAAACUCUCGGAUGAGUCUCUGGACAGCUUCCUUAUAGAACUAGAGAAGGUUCAGAGUACUGGUGAAGGAGAAGCACAGAGAUACUUUGAUCAUGCGCUUACUCUGAGGAACACAAUCCUCUUUCUGCGUCAUAAUAAAGAUCUGGUUGCUCAGACUUCUCAGCCAGACCAGCCCAGUUACGGUUUUCCCCUGGAUCUCUUACGCUGCGAAAGCCUUCUUGGUUUGGAUCCAGCAACUUGCAGCAGAGUUCUAAACAAAAAUUACUCACUGCUUGUUUCCAUGGCUCCUCUUACCAAUGAGAUCCGGCCAGUCAGCAGCUGCACCCCUCAGCAUAUUGGACCAGCUAUCCCAGAAGUGAGUUCUGUCUGGUUUAAGUUGUAUAUUUACCAUGUCACUGGGCAAGGACCACCAUCUCUUUUAUUGUCCAAAGGUACAAGACUUCGGAAACUGCCAGAUAUAUUCCAGGGUUAUGAUCGGUUACUUAUAACUUCUUGGGGCCAUGAUCCCGGGGUAGUUCCUACAUCAAACGUGCUUACGAUGCUGAAUGAUGCUUUAACACAUUCUGCAGUGCUCAUUCAGGGACAUGGUUUGCAUGGGGUAGGAGAAAUUGUCCAUAUACCGUUUCCAUUCGAUGAAGCAGAGCUGCAAGGAGAGUUUACCCGUGCCAGUAUGGGUGUUCAUAAAGCACUGCAGAUUUUGAGGAACAAAGUGGACUUACAACAUUUCUGUGGCUAUGUCACCAUGUUGAAUGCUUCUAGCCAGCUCACAAGUAGAAAGCUCAGUGAUGCUUCUGAUGAGAGAGGUGAACCUGAUUUGGCUUCUGGUUCAGAUGUAAAUGGGAGUACAGAGUCAUUUGAAAUGGUCAUUGAGGAAGCUACUACAGAUUCAGCAAUAAAACAAAACUCUGGAACCACAGCUGAAGCAGAUUGGGUUCCUCUUGAACUGUGUUUUGGGAUUCCGUUGUUCAGUUCUGAAUUAAACCGAAAAGUUUGUCAGAAAAUAGCAACACAUGGCCUUUGCAGAAAAGAGAGCCUUCAGAGUCUCUUGCAUUCCAGUAGAAAGCUCUCUCUACAAGUCCUUAACUUUGUUCAUUCAUUCCAGGAAGGUGCUUCAGCUCUGGAUCUUCACUCGGAGCCCGGCUUCCCAAGUGUGCUUUCACAGUCGUCCUGUGCCGAUAUGGGAGUUCCACUUCCCGCCAAAAACUUAAUCUUUAAAGAUGGCAUCUUAUCGGAGUGGAGUGGACGCUCACCUUCCUCCCUUCUCAUCGCUAAUCUCCAUCUGCAAUAAUUUGAUUACACUACUUACUGCUCACACGUUAUGCCUUUUUCCUUUCUUAAUGUUGGCUUUAUAGUGUCAGCCACCCAGAGCAUCCUGCUGCUGCAGCAGAGCGGGCCGUGUUCACUGGUAGGAAAUGCUCAGAAUGUGCGCCUGUCUUCUGAAGCCGUGGUGUCGCACACCUUACUGCAGCAAAGUGCUUUUCAGCAGCCAGCUCUGGAUUUUUACCUUGAGACAAUCUGCAUUUCUUUUAUAAAACUAAGGAUAUACUUUAUAGGCUUUAGAUGACUGUUGUUUAUAAGCAGUCACUAUGAAUAUUGCAGUGGUAGUUUUAUAUGUUAGUUUCUCAGACAUAAACCUGGUUUGAUUUUAUAUUUUGUUACCUACACUAAGGGGAUCACAGGAGGAGAUAGAACUCUUCUUCUGACAGGCUUCUUGGUUCUUGAGGUCGUCACGUUAGAAAGUGACAAGCACCCAGCAGUGAGAGGUCUAUACCAGGGCAUUAAGGGUUCCUGCGGAUGUCUGUAAAUCAUGUAUGCCGAGUGAACAUGGUUGAGUCAUGCAUAGUGACUCCUCAUCAGCAUAGUGGUGUGAACUUAACUGACUAUUCAUUGGCAUCUCAUGAAAAGCUUUGAAAAACAUUCUAUUUUUAAAUGAUGUUUGUAUGUGGACUUCUGUUGUCACUCAACUUUGGGCUUUAUAUUUUCAUGGAGUCUAUGGAAACACAGAAUUUAUUUUCCACUGUAGUUGAGGCUGUUGCAUGUCUCCUUUUGUCUUGUAGCUUUACUAAUGAACUGUUAGGACACUUGACUUUGAUUUCAAAGCAAGGGUUGGGAUUGGGAAUUGCACAGUAGCAGCAGUGCUGUCUUUGGGCUCAGCUCCAUGGGAAGGCGAUUCUGCAUACAUAGCACCUGGACCCAAAGCCUGGGACACAGUUCUGGGACAGUGGGGAAGCACUGAAUAGCUUCGUGUGCUUCUUUAGGAGUUAGUUCUUUUAGUGUCUCAGAUGUCAGACUAUGUGGAACCACACAUGGAGACUUUUCAGGUCACCUUCCUUGGGUUGUGCAGUGUUAAUUGAACUCCCCCUAGAGGGUGCCUGUUAGCUUGCUGGUGUGAGACUGACUAACCAAGCUAACUGGUCAAGCAGUGUACCUGGAACACUCGAAGCAUUAGACUGUUUGAGAAUGUUUGAGCCUAACAGUUUUGCUGAUGGCUUUUGUUAUUUAUGCAACUGAAAUUUGUGUAUUUAACAAACUUCUGGAAGUAUAUGCCUUUCUUGAAACUGUUAAAGUGGCCAUGUAUUUAAUACCAUGGCCUAUCUGUAGAAUUGAAUAUUUUGGACCAGGUUACUUGUAGCACAGUUAGUGCUGUGUUUGGAGUAAAUGCAGUAAUGUUUAGUUUUCUACUUUGUCUUGUAUAAGGUAGAACUGUGUAUGUCAUGUUUGUCUGUAGAAGGAAAAGUACAUAGUAAUAUUAAAAUGAUUUCUACGACUGUGAAUCACUCGUUUAUUUUUCCAAUAACUGAUACUGUACAUUCCUAGUGCUGCUGGUUAUAUGUGUGUGUGUGACUUUGCCAGCUUCAACUGCAAGGUGAGAGUAUUUCUUUUGAUCAGGGCUUUGUAAUCUCAUUUGCUUUGUUUGAGUUUCCUGUAGGUAUUUAUCCUUGUAUUAGCAGUCGAACGCCAACUCUACUGAUAUGUACACUAAUAAAGAAUUGAACAGUUGUAGUUACGACAAUGAGUCCAGUUAUUGCUGAGUUUAUAGCUUAAAAUAUGGGAGUGAUUUGCUGCUAUAAUUCCUUUGCGAAACACUGAAGGAAGAGAUGGAACCUAACCAUGAUCAUGAACUUCAGGGACAGUUCUAAAAAGAUAUGUUUCAUCUCUAGUUUCUUGUGUGAAUGGGGAGAGUGAAACCGUCAGGUUCCCAGCUGAUGUCCCCUCUCUCGUGAGGGAAUUCUUUGCAUUUUUAGAGCAGCUAAGAUGCUGUGAGUGUUUGUGCUUUGCUUUAUGAAUAUGACCUGUUCCGCUCAUGUUAGCUCGUGCAGAGAUAGACACCUCUGUGAAGUCGAUUAAAAAUAGAUAAAUGUACAUAGACUCUGUUCUUUGCCAAAGAAAAUGGAUAGAGGUUGUAGCUUGUUACUUUGCACAUGUUUAAUUUCAUUUGGCUUUGCACCCCCUCCUUUCCAUGCCUCACCCUUACUGGAACUUGAACAAAGCAAGCAAACAUUUAGAAACCAAGAGAAAAGAGCUGCUAAUAUCAAAAAGGGCAUACAGUUUAGUGGGGCCCAGUUUCACCUCACAGAUGUGUCUAAAGAAGUUAGGGGCAGUUAAUUCUUAGAACAGCGGUUCUCAACCUGUGGGUCAUGACCCCUUCCCAGAGGUCACAUAUCCGAUAUUCACAUUACAGUUUAUAACAGUAGCAAAAUUACAGUUCUGAAGUAGCAACAAGAGUAAUUGUAUAGUUGUGGGUCACUACAACAUGAGGAACUGUACUAAAGGGUCACAACAUUAGGAAGGUUGAGAACCGCUGCCUUAGAGCCUUUCUUGUUUAAAAUAUGUAACCAGAUGGUUUGUGUUUGUUUGAAGGAAGUGAUUUCUCUUCUGGGUGUUUUGUUUUCUCCGCCAUUCACCUUUCAUUUUUUAUGUUCAGUGUUUCAAAUACACUUUGUAUUAAAGGAUUUUAAAGUACCAAAACUGUAACUCAAUACAGUGGAUUGUUUUCUGUUAUGAUGUUAAUAUUAUACAAUAAAAUUGUAUAAAGUCUUGUCAAUUUGAUUAUUGACACAAAUAACAUGUUUACAAAUAAACUGUGGUGUUGAUCAAGUUA